GCCAGCCACAGCCACAGCCACGCCUGGCAGGGCGGGGAGCCGUGACAGCGCUGCAGAGCUGCUGGCAGCGCCAUGGGAGAGGGGGAGCCUGCCAGCAUGGCCGACUACCUGAUCAGCGGCGGCACCGGCUACGUGCCCGAGGACGGGCUCACCGCCCAGCAGCUCCUCGCCACGGCCGACGGCCUCACCUACAAUGACUUCCUCAUCCUGCCUGGCUUCAUCGACUUCACGGCAGACGAGGUGGACCUGACGUCGGCACUGACCCGCAGGAUCACGCUGAAGACGCCGCUUAUCUCAUCACCCAUGGACACGGUCACCGAAUCGGACAUGGCCAUUGCCAUGGCGCUGAUGGGCGGCAUCGGGAUCAUCCAUCACAACUGCACCCCCGAGUUUCAGGCCAACGAAGUCCGCAAGGUCAAGAAGUUUGAGCAGGGCUUCAUCACGGACCCGGUGGUGCUGAGCCCCGGGCACACGGUGGGCGACGUCUUCGAAGCCAAGCUGCGGCACGGCUUUUCGGGCAUCCCGGUCACGCAGACGGGCAAGAUGGGCAGCAAGCUGGAGGGCAUCGUCACCUCCCGCGACAUCGACUUCCUCACCGAGAAGGACUACGCCACCUGUCUCAGCCGGGUGAUGACGAAGCGCAAUGACCUCGUGGUGGCGCCGGCCGGGGUGACGCUCAAGGAGGCCAACGAGAUCCUGCAGCGCAGCAAGAAGGGGAAGCUGCCCAUCGUGAACGACAGCGAUGAGCUGGUGGCCAUCAUUGCACGCACAGACCUGAAGAAGAACCGCGACUACCCUCUGGCCUCCAAGGACGCCCGCAAGCAGCUGCUGUGCGGUGCCGCCAUCGGCACCCGCGAGGAUGACAAGUACCGCCUCGAUCUGCUGGCCCAGGCCGGCGCCGAUGUCAUCGUGCUGGACUCCUCUCAGGGCAACUCCGUGUAUCAGAUCAGCAUGAUCCACUACAUCAAGCAGAAAUACCCUGAGUUGCAGGUGGUCGGCGGCAAUGAACCGGCAGUGGUGACAGCGGCGCAGGCCAAGAACCUCAUCGACGCCGGCGUGGAUGCCCUGCGCGUGGGUAUGGGCUGCGGCUCCAUCUGCAUCACACAAGAAGUGAUGGCAUGCGGGCGGCCGCAGGGCACAGCGGUGUACAAGGUGGCUGAGUACGCCCGGCGCUUCGGCGUGCCCGUCAUCGCCGAUGGCGGCAUCCAGACUGUGGGCCACGUGGUGAAGGCGCUGUCCCUGGGUGCCUCCACAGUGAUGAUGGGCUCCCUGCUGGCGGCCACCACGGAGGCGCCGGGCGAGUACUUCUUCUCGGACGGCGUGCGGCUCAAGAAAUACCGGGGCAUGGGCUCCCUCGACGCCAUGGAGAAGAGCAGCAGCAGCCAGAAGCGCUAUUUCAGUGAGGGGGACAAGGUGAAGGUGGCGCAGGGCGUGUCAGGCUCCAUCCAGGACAAGGGCUCCAUCCACAAGUUUGUGCCCUACCUGAUCGCGGGCAUCCAGCACGGCUGCCAGGACAUCGGCGCCAAGAGCCUCUCCAUCCUGCGCUCCAUGAUGUACUCCGGCGAGCUCAAAUUCGAGAAGCGCACCAUGUCGGCCCAGAUCGAAGGCGGCGUCCAUGGCCUGCACUCUUACGAGAAGCGGCUGUACUGAAGAUGGGCCCCGGAGCAGCGCCCAGCGCCCGCCGCCCCCCGCCUCGGGUGCCGCCAGCCACAGCCGCCUCGCGUAGCCCCCCGUGCCCGCCCCCGCCACGGGCGCCCUUUUGCACUAGAGCAGCGCGUCUCUCGCCUGCCCGCAGCCGCCACUGCCGCCUCGGCGCGUGCCCGGGCACACGGAUGUCAGCUGGCCCCCCCUCGCCCGCCCGCCCGCGUGGCCCCCACAGCCCUGGGGAAAGGGGUGCCCCCUGCCCCGGCACCCCUACUGCUUCCGGCCGUAGGGUACCUCAGCCCCUCUGCUCCCCGGGCCGGGUGCGGGUGCCCCUUCCCCAGCCUUGGGGGUGCCCCUUGCAAUGCCCCCCCCCCGCCAGGCUCUCGGGAACGGGGGGCAUCCUGGCCUGUCCCAACAUACAUGCACCGUAUGGACUCGGUGGUGGCCCCAGGGGCCCGGUCCCCCCUCCAGCCUGCAGGGCGGCGCUGUGUAUGGGGGGGGCAGCUGCAUCCCUGAGCUCCCCCCAGUGUAGCCCCCCGCCCCCCGGCAGGCUUCCACUUUGCACAUGCAGGUCCUCAAUUGUGUAACUGUAUUGGAGAAGAAUAAAGCAAUGGAGCAUCCUG